AUGUUCGUACUUCGACUGUGGUCGCAUCGAAUGAGAUUUCAUCGAUAUAAUUUUUUUUUCCAUUUUGAUCUAUAUGACGAACUAGGCAAAGCUAUGUCACAUCGCUCGCUAUGGAGCCUACUACGGUCAUUCCUAAUCCUUAAGCUGAUUCAAUUGACUAUAAUAUACUUCACCCCAUCUCGAUUCGAUACAUCAUCGCAAUUAAUCAUUGAUGAGUUGGCAAGUUCAUCAUCAACAGCAUCACCAUACAAUGAUAUAAUCACCACCAUUUUGAACAAGCUAAUUACUUGGGAUUCAGUUUAUUUCAAUGACUUAUUUGUCAAUGAUAUUGCUUAUGAGCAUCAAUUUGUAUUUUGUCCCGGAUGGAUCAAGUUAAUUUCUUUACUACCGAGCACCAAUUAUUAUCAGCUACAAUUGUGGAGUAUAUUAAUAUCCAAUGGUGAUCAUUUUGCUUCAGUUGUGGUGUUGUACUACUUGAGUAAGACAAUCUAUGAUUCUAAAAUAAGCUAUAUUGCUAGUCUAAUGAUGGUGAUAUCCCCAGCUGGUGUGUUUUUAACUACAAAUUAUUCUGAAAAUUUGAGCAACUUGACUACAUUGUUGACAAUAUAUUUAUACUAUAAAGCAAUUGAUUUCAACAAUGUCACCACAAGAAGCAACAAGUCGAUAAAAAGUAUUUGGUUGUACUUACUAAGCGGUAUUGUUUGUGCAUUCAGCUUCACCGUCAGAGCAAAUUCACUUCUACUAGGCAUAUUAUAUUUAGUAGAUUUAUACGAUUUCAGCAUUAUUGAUCAAAACUUGAGGUCCAGUGUAUUAUCUAUCAUCACUGGAUCCAUUCUCGGGACAACGUUCCUUGGGCAAACCAAAUACCACUACCUCACGUUUUGUCCGCAAAGACAAGGUUGGUGCUUGAACAAGUUCCCCAGUUUGUUUCUGUAUGCUCAAUCACAUUACUGGGACAAUGGGUUUUUAUCGUACUGGUCGUUGAACAAUAUACCCAAUUUCAUACUUGUUGCACCAGUCUUGUUGUGGAACUGCUAUUCAGUGAGGACAAUGUGGAAGGUACUUCCUCAAUAUCGUAAGUUGUUACCACUUGUUGUUUUAAAUGCAUUGAUAAUUAUUGGUGGUGUAUUCUUUUGGAACGUGCAGAUUCUAAAUAGAAUCACCAGUUUUUCACCAUUGAUUUAUUGGACUUUGGCAUUGAACUAUAAAAAGCCAUGGUUCAAGUAUAUCUUGGGGUACAUGUUGACGUGGAAUUUGAUGCAAACAGCAUUAUUUGCGGCAUUCUUACCACCAGCAUAG